AAAUAUUCAAGCACAGAUAAACAACAGGAGAAAUCAUGGCCAAUCCUUUUUUGAUGGACGACGACCUGGAUGGCGGCGAUUUGGCCGCCAAUCCAUUUCUCAUGCAGUCUGAGCCGGAACCUAGCACAGAUAAUCCAUUUGGAGCAGCUACUGGUGCUUCUAAUCCCUUUGCCUUUGGUGGCGAUGAUCUCGAAACGGGGGCGGAACCGGAGGUGGAAGCAGCCCAUGAUAAUGAUCUCGAUCCUGCGAUGAGUUUCUUUGGGACCACGAUCGAGGCGGAAGACGAUGCGUUGAGUUUGAAAUCAGGUGCCGAGGAGGAAGACGAGGGCGUCAAAAAACCGGCCCAAUCGCAGUCACAUGUGCACCCGCCUCCUCCACGCCCCCAGGCUCCCCCACAGAGCACACAAGAUCUAAUUAGCACGGUGUCCAAUCAGUUGGAGGAGACCAGUUCGGAGCUACUAGGUCGCAUACCCGCCACCCGAUCUCCCAGUCCCGUUUCGAUGCGGGAUCUGCACUCGCCGAGUCCCACUCCGGACUCUGGACUCGCUGAUCUCCUGGAUGUAUCGGUGGAUAGUGGGUCGAGUGCCCAUACUCAAGGCAUGGAUGUUGAUUUGAUUGGGGUAGCUGCAGGUGGUGUGCCCUUGGAUAAUCCCUUCGCAGUGCCGACGGCUGUGCCUAAUAUACAGGCGGCAGCACCACUGCCAGCCACGCCAGUAAAGCAGCCUCCACGCCCACCACCGCCACGCCCCGCUCCGCCACGUCCCUCACCCCCUGGUCAGAUGGCGCCCCAAAGACCUCCGCCACCGGUUGCUGCAGCUGCUUCACGGCCAGCCGCCGCAGAAGCGGAUGAUCUUCUGGACAUGUUUGGCACCACGUCGAACAAGCCGGUCAAGCCGCCACCACCCAAGUCCAAGGAAGAUAUUCUGAGUCUUUUCGAGCAACCACAAGCUCCGCCAGCACCCAAACCGGAUUUACUUCAUGACGAUUUACCCGAAACGAAGGUGGAGGAUGUGCCGCUGGAACUGGUGGAUCCCGACGAGGACCAGGGGGAUGGGACCACCUCACGGGAUGACCCGGUAUUCACCUCCCUGCUAAUACGACCAGAUGAGAGUACCCAUGACAUAACAUCCCAACCGCAGGCGGCUACGGGUUUGGAACGGCAGGCGAAUCACAUGGCGGCGCCACCGGAAACGCCCAGCAGACAGAGGGCACCCACGCCGGAUAUCGAGAUCACAACGGUGGAGGAUCUUCCGCGUUCCGAUGAUGAGGAUGAAGCUGAUGUUAAGCAGGUACCGGAGGCGGAUGCAGAACCAAAAAUUGAGCCAGAAGCGGAGCCCGAGAUCAUCUCUGAUCACAGCCCGCCAACGGAAUCACUUGUUACUACCCAGGCCGCCCUUGCCGAUAAUGAGCCACUGGCUAGUGAACCUGAGCCAGAGCAAAUGGACACCGGUCUGGACUUUCCGCUGGCCACCAGUGGCCUGGCCAGUGGUCAGUUGUCCGCUAACCCCUUCGCCAGCCCUGACGAGGAUGAAGAACCAAGCUUCGCACCCGUUCCCGUGGCGGUGGCCAAUAUUUUUGCCGUGGAUGAUCUGGAGCCGGAAGUGGAGCCUCCGCAGACGGAAGUGUCUUCUAGCUAUACUGCAAAUAUUUUUGCGGCCGAACCGGACGAAUUCGACGCCUUCUCGGCCAAGUUCGACUCGGUGAAGAAGGACAACAUCAGCAUACUGGAUGGUUUUGGAGGAUCCGGAGCCAUAACGCCCACGGGUGGAGAUGCUUGGGGGGACAGUGCUUUUGGCUCUGCUACAAUCUCGGCGAAUGCCUUUGGCGACACCAAUUCAGCAGACGAUGGAUUCGGCAAUGAGGACGAUGAUUUCUAUGCUAUGCAGGCGCCCGCUCGCGCGGAUUCCGUGGAAUCGGUGGAUAAGGAGUUUAGCGUAAUCAUCCGACCGAAGGCUGAGGGAACUGGAGUAGUGGCUCCCCAACUGGCGCCACCACCACCGCCGGUGCGUGUUGCCAAUCAGGCACAUACCACAUCACCGCCCGGUUCAACUGUAAAUCCCUUUGAAGAUGUCAGUGGCUUUCCGGCUCCUGGCCCACUACCUAUCGAUGGAACCGCCAUGAAACGCACGGACUCGCAAGACACGCCACAGACACCACUCUAUGACGAGGAUGUAUCGCAGCCACUAGAGGAGUUUCCGCGACUCCAUUAUGUGGGACCCGGCUGGGAGAUGCAACUGCGUCAGCCUAACAAGAAGAAGAUUACCGGACAACGCUUCUGGAAAAAGAUCUUUGUCCGCCUUGUGGUGCAGAACGACGUUCCGGUGGUCCAGUUGCUCAACCAGGCAGGCGACAAACAGCCCUUCCAGGAACUGCCAUUGCAACCCUCGUAUUCCGUGUCUGAAAUUGGGGCCCAGCAGUACGACCAGUUCGGCAAGAUAUUCACGAUGAAGCUACAGUACAUUUUCUACAAGGAGCGACCCGGCGUAAGACCCGGCCAGGUGACCAAGGCGGAGCGGAUCACAAACAAGCUGACGAAGUUCGCACAAUACGCCAUCGCUGGCGACUACGAGGGCGUCAAGGAGUUUGGAAGCGAUCUCAAAAAACUGGGCCUGCCCGUGGAGCAUGCGCCGCAGUCUUCCCAGCUCUUCAAAAUCGGUUCGAUGAACUACGAGGACAUGAAGCAGUUCUCCAUUUGUAUCGAGGAAGCGCUGUUUAAGCUGCCUGCCCUGCGGGAACGAGCGUUAACUUAUAAAAUGGAAGAGGUCCAGGUGACCGCCGUGGAUGAGAUCACUGUGGAACAGGACUUCGAGGGCAAGAUCCUCAAGCAGAUUGCCCGGGUGCGACUCUUCUUCCUCGCCUUCCUCACCGGCAUGCCAACCAUAGAGUUAGGCGUGAACGACAUGUGGCGGCAGGGGAAGGAGGUCGUCGGCCGGCACGACAUCAUCCCGGUGGCCACCGAGGAGUGGAUCCGACUGGAGGCCGUUGAGUUUCACAGUGUGGUCAAUCAGCAGGAGUAUGAGAGAACGCGCACCAUCAAAUUUCAACCGCCCGAUGCCAACUAUAUUGAACUGCUGCGCUUCCGUGUGCGUCCGCCCAAGAAUCGCGAACUUCCGCUGCAGCUAAAGGCCACCUGGUGUGUCACAGGCAACAAAGUCGAACUACGAGCUGAUAUCCUGGUGCCGGGAUUCACCUCACGCAAGCUGGGACAAAUCCCCUGUGAGGAUGUCUCGGUGCGCUUCCCAAUUCCCGAAUGCUGGAUAUACCUGUUCCGCGUGGAGAAGCACUUUCGAUACGGUUCAGUCAAGUCGGCACAUCGGCGAACUGGCAAGAUCAAGGGAAUCGAGCGGAUACUGGGUGCCGUGGACACGUUGCAGGAGUCGCUGAUAGAGGUGACCUCGGGGCAGGCCAAGUACGAGCACCAUCAUCGGGCUAUUGUGUGGCGUUGUCCCCGUUUACCCAAGGAGGGUCAGGGCGCUUAUACCACGCAUCAGCUAGUCUGCCGUAUGGCCCUUACUUCGUAUGACCAGAUCCCAAGCGAACUGGCGCCGUACGCAUUCGUGGAGUUUACUAUGCCCGCCACGCAGGUCUCGCAUACCACCGUGCGCUCCGUGAGUGUCCAGGAUUCGGAUGCCGAUGAACCGCCGGAGAAGUACGUUCGCUAUUUGGCACGGCACGAGUACAAGGUUGGCAUCGAGACCACGCACGGCGAGUCCACGAACGCGUACCUGGCGGCAACGCGUCCCAUUCGCGAGGAGCCACCAAGCACGGCCAUCAAGUCCACUGCAUCCCCGGUCCCGCCCAGCGAUUCGGACACCGAUUCCAACUAAGCUGGCAUCGCCGAGCUACUGAAACGGAAAUCCAAAUUCCCAAGUGAAUUGAACGGCAGUGCAUCCAAUCAGCUUUCUGUAGAUAUUCCACGUUCAUGGUUUUCCCAAUCGUUCUUGUUAUAUACCUAUUAUACAAUACACAUAGAUAUAUCUUGCCCCUAAUAUAUAUUUUUGUGUGCGUCUGCGCCAAUUUUUUCCCUCUAGCUUUUGCAGCGGGUUCAUCGCGUUCGGUUUAGGUAAAGAGUAGUAGACAAUAAGGUUAAGUGCAGCAAGUGAUGUGUUCGAAGAUUACGAAGCAGACGAAUAGAUGAACACUGUGUAAAAAGCCAAAUGAAUGAAGACCGAGAUAAAGCUAAUGGAUCUGUGGACACGUCAACGGAGGAAAAGAUAGCGAAAGCGUCAUAGGUACCCUAUAUCCUACAAACCAUAUAGCCACAGCCAUAACCACAUGAACUAACUUAGCCUACCCUAAAAGAAAACUAAAUUGCUUUACUUGUAGCCACACGAUCAUGUUAAAGGUAAUUGAUAUCAGACCAGAAUCGUACGUAAAACAACUCAUACAUAUGCAUAGGGAUAAUGGUUAUAAUCUCAAGACACAAACAUACUCACAUGAAGCAUAUAUCCAAUAACUGAUGUUAUCUGAAGUAAGCACGAAGCCAGGGAAAUGAAAAGCAAUUUCACCAUACAGCAUUCCAAAAACAAAGGCUACAGUGCACGUAUGUAUGGGAAACCACUAAUAAAACGAGCUGCCAGCCUCACAUAAGACUAAUCAACGCUGGCCCCAGCAGCCAAUAUCGCAUAAUGUUAACCAAAUGUUGAAUUCUGGUACAAAUCGCCAGCUUCGAAUAGUUUAAUUAAAACAGGAGUAAGAUGCCAGUUUUAGACGACGUUAUCAACCCUCGAAAGAGCUGCUUUACAUAAAGUCAAUCAACACUGGUCAGAUUACAUAUGUAUGUAUGGUGGACGUGAAUCUUUAAACUAUCCAUAGCCAUCAAAUACACUUUAAGCCCUAUGUAUACCAUUGAUUUAACGAUACAUUUAGAGAUGAAUUCAGAACUCCAAGCUAAAGUAAAAACCUAAAUGGAAAUGCAUAUUCAAAUGUUAUUGUUGUGAAUCAAAUUAAAUUGUAUUCAAACUAAAAUAAAAAGUACAUAAAGGAAAACAGUAUAGGCAGAUCAUAUUUGUUAACGUAAAAAAGUAAAUUAAAGUGUAUGAUGACACUAAAAUUAAACAUUUAACUAAAUCAAGAUAUUCAUAACUAUUUGCCAUACAUAUUGAUUGAUUCAUUGAGUUUACUAGGAAGGUUGCAUAAAACUAGAUUUGUUAAUUACGUGUUAAAAGAAUAUAUUCUACGAACCCAGCCUAACCACCUCCUAAAAUAUUUGCUUGUUACGAUUUCUUCUCCACUCCAUAUUCCAUGUCAGACAACAAUCCUACAAAUACAUAAAACGACUCGCAAUGGAAUCACAAUUAAAUAUUAAUAGAGAAUGUGUAUAUUGUAUUAUGUAUGUUACACUAUUAACCUACGUUGUAUUUUCUUUAUCGUCUAAAACAUUUGUAUUGUAUGUACAAUAAAAACGAAGGAAACCCAUGUAAACAAACCGAACGGUUGACAAACAUUCUCACAUGUUAUAUUUAUAGAUUAAUUACACUAGUUUACAGGCGAAAUGCUCCAAGAAGGAUGAUGGUAGUUACUAGUUGGACCCCUAGGUCACAAAAAAAAAGUUUAUUUUACAUUUCAAAGUUUGCCGAGUUGUAGCUCUCAAUAUACUCAUAUAUCACCUAAGUUGAUUUAUCGCAACUCGAGAUAAAAUUAAAAAAUCGGAGAUACCAAACAAAUUUUCUUUAAAAAAAUCUUUUAAAAAUGAAUUCUAUACAAGUUUGUUAAACUUCUUUUGUUAAGGUCUAGGGGUUCAACUCUACCAGGAACUACCAUCAUCCUUGUUGGAGCAUUUUCAAAACAUUAUUUUGUAAACUAGUGUUAUACAAGAAUCGAUGUUCCGACUACGAUAUAUGCUCUCGAUCCGUGUCGGAUUGACGACAUAUACUGCGCUGGGAUCGGUCGUUAUUAUAUAAAUAUACGGCGCAAGCCAAUGGUAUUAACCGAUAAACUAAAUACAGUAUAAUAAAUUAUUAUGAACCUGACAAAAAAA